GUGCAAUACGUCGCAAUUUUGCCUGCAGUGGACAUUUCCCGCGAAAAGUGUAUUCCUAACCUAACGGUACCGGUGGGUCAGUUUUGGCUAGGCCUAGGGGUAGUUUGCAGAGCAUUGUUUAUCCCAUUUUGUGAAUCAUUCAGUUUUGUCACGUUAUAUGAACUGCAAUUUUAAGCGCAAAAAUACGUAACAUUCUAAAGCAACUGUGAAUAAAUACCUAUAGAAUAAGUACCUACUGCAAUUGCAGAUGGCUUUUGUUGGUGUUGAGUUUGAUGCAAGGUCUGGAGGAGGAGUAGCGAUAAUCAACAGGAAUUGGUUAACCCCUCGCAAACAGGAGGUGUUUUGGCCUCCUUACAAGUAUCAGUCCGAUUUCGAUAUGGCCGUCAAGAAAGCCGAGCAACCUUCCGACAGAUGGAGAAUUUUUAAAUUAAAACGGAAAUUGUUCGAGAGCAAUGAAUUCUCGCUGGCCGUAAACAAGCUUAAUCGAUUUGAAGCCACAUCGGAUGUUGAGACGGAUCGAGAUGAAGAAAAGCGUACACCGGCAAAACGCUACAGAAAAAGAGGACACUAUUUUGAUUCUGAGGAUGAGGAUGGUGACAUGUUUUCGAACAAUUAUGAUUGUCUGCGAGGCUUACAAGAUUCCGAUGAUGAAAAUGUACUAUCACCAAGGACACCGUCUUCAACUCAUUCAGCAUUGAUUAGUGGUUGCACUUCUCAGAGACAUGUACCUAGGAAAGAAAAUCUCACACCACCAAUUGCAUUGAAAAAUCCACUUAAUACACCGCAGAGUGAAAAUGCACUGAAUCAUAUCUUACGUUUGGUUGUUGAGAUAAAACAACAGACUGACCAAAUUUUAAAUCGUCUGGAAAACAUUGAGUUACAGAUGAAACUAGCAAAUAAUGUACCUAUUAUAGGACUACGACAAGAGUUCUUGAAAAAAUUUCCAGUAAAGUUCCCGAUAGGAAAUGUAGAAGAUUUUUAUGUGUGUGAUAAUUAUUUAAAAGAUCCACAGAAUAGGUCUCAACUUGUUUCUUACCUUGCCACAUUAGGUGGUAAAAAUGUGGCUUCCAAAACAAAUAACAUCUUAAAAUUCAUUCUGGACGACUCGGUCGCAAGUGGAUACAGCUUUUUUGGGAUGCGGAACAAUAAACUACCCUUCAGUGAAUGUGAACUGAGUAAAAUGAUAAUCGAUACAGUUGUACAGACUGACAAGUGUACACAGAAGGAAGUGGAAGAUGUUAUAAAAGCGUGGCUUAGGCAUGCACCAGCACGCAUGAAACGGCACUCAAGUGGUCUGUAAAUAUGUGGGAAGGCUGUAUUUUUUCAUUUUUUCAUGAUAUGCUUAGGAAUAAGAUUGUGUCUGACGAGCAUAUCACUGUAAUGUUACAAAUACGACAAUAAUAAAGCAUUCGAACAGUC